CCCUCCAUAUCAUGUGAUUCAGGUGUUCCAAUCCACUCCAUAUCAUGUGAUUCAGGUGUUCCAAUCCCCUCCCAAUCAUGUGAUUCAGGUGUUCCAAUCCCCUCCAAAUCAUGUGAUUCAGGUGUUCCAAUCCCCUCCCAAUCAUAUGAUUCAGGUGUUCCAAUCCCCUCCAUAUCAUGUAAUUCAGGUGUUCCAAUCUUCUCCAUACCAUGUGAUUCAGGUGUUCCAAUCCCCUCCCAAUCAUGUGAUUCAGGUGUUCCAAUCCCCUCCAUAUCAUGUGAUUCUGGUGUUCCAAUCCCCUCCAUAUCAUGUGAUUCAGGUGUUCCAAUCCCCUCCAUAUCAUGUGAUUUAGGUGUUCCAAUCCCCUCCAUAUCAUGUGAUUCAGGUGUGUUCCAAUCCCCUCCAUAUCAUGUGAUUUAGGUGUUCCAAUCUCCUCCAUAUCAUGUGAUUCAGGUGUUCCAAUCCCCUCCAUAUCAUGUGAUUCAGGUGUUCCAAUCCCCUCCAUAUCAUGUGAUUCAGGUGUUCCAAUCCCCUCCAUAUCAU